AUGCGCGUCAGGCGGCAGCACCUCCUCUGCCGCGUCAUCUGUGCUGGGAUCAACCCCGUGGACGCGAAGUUCCUCGUCGGGGACAAGCUCCCUCACUGGGCAGGAGAGAUAGGGAGGAGCGUGAUAGAGGGGAGGACCGUUGGCUUCGACUUCUCCGGCAUCGUCGUCGACACGCCGUCCGACUGCAGUCAGUUCAAGGUCGGCGAUCGAGUCUUCGGGAUCCUGCCAGCGGGCCAGGGCACUUUCACUCAGUACGUCCAUGUCCCUAUCGACCAGGUCGCUAUCAAGCCCUCCUCCCUCUCCUUCGCCGAGGCCUCCUCCCUCCCCCUCGUCGGCCUGACGGCCUUGCAAGCGCUGAAGAUCGAUCAUCAUCUCGCCCCGUCGCAGCGGCUCCUGGUCAUCGGAGGGAGCGGCGGGGUUGGGCACGUUGCCAUCCAGGUAGCCAAGGCGAUAGGAGCCAAGGUGACGACGAUCUGCAGUCCGAGCAACACAGACUUCGUGCGGAGUUUGGGAGCUGACAAGGUCAUUGACUACACCAAGGGGAACGAGCACGUGCUGGCAGAGCUGACGGAGGAGGCGAAGGCGAACGGGCCGUUCGACUUGUGCUUCGACACGGUGUCGAGCAAUGAAGCCAAGGACAGGGAGUUCCAAUACAGGCGGAUGAUCACGUCGAAGAACCGCAGCCGUAGCCUGCUGGCGGGCAAGUACGUCACGAUAGGAGGUAGCACGUCGGAGUGGGCAAAGGCUCUGGUCAAGAGAGUGUGCGGUCUGAACCUGUUCGGCAAGGAGGAGCUCUUUUGGGUGUGGUUCCCCAACACCAGGAAAACUUUGGAGGAGCUGGGGGCUCUCGCUGAAUCACGUCAAGUUCGCCCAAAGCUUGCAGAGGUCAUCCCUUUCGAAGAAUCGGCGGUGCGAAACGCGUUUGCGAGGCUACACGGCAGGAGGGUGGUUGGAAAGUUUGCGAUACAGGUAUCUCCUGAAGACUGGAAGCUGGACGCUGAGACAAGCGGAGCUGGCCAGGGAUCCCAGUAG